AUCUAGAAAGCGACCAAUCAGAUGCAACUCGUACUGAAGAUUGUAAACACGUUCCAGGUCUAACCAAGCGACUAGCACAAUCUGUUACAUUUUUUGUUUGAAAAGCUUAUAGAUUUUGUUGACCAGUGCACAUACUUUUUGGAUAUACUAUUUUUAAUUUGACUUUAUAAUUUAGUGCAAGGGAUUCGUAUUAUCUGCAAAAAAUGUCUGCAGAAAUGGAAGUGGUAUCAGAAUCUCUUCAAGAUGGCGUUUCAGUGGACAUGGUAAAUGGUAUUGACGAUGAAAGCAUUGACGGACUUCGUGAAUUAUCUAAAGAUUUGUCAUCACGUCCCAUUAGGAAAGCUAAAAGACAAUUGGGGAGACUUAGUCCCGGUAAAGAAGUAGGACCAGAAGGAGCAGCUGCUUUGGCUAAGAAGGCAUUGCCUCUCGCUAAAAAUAGUAGGAAAUCUCGAGACGGAAGAGGCCGAGGUCUCCCGAAGAAAGGUGGAGCUGGAGGAAAAGGGGUGUGGGGGAAGCCUGGAGAGGAAGUCCAAGAAGAUGGCCACUGCCAAGAUUCACAUGAUCCAAAUUAUGAUUCUGAAAGCGAGGAGGAGUAUUUGAUAGAAGAAAUAGACCCUGAGGUUACACUAGAAGAGUUAGAAAAAGUUUUAGAGCCUGCAAUAUUAGAAUAUUAUGAAAGUAACAACUCAACAGAAUUCAUUAGUUCAUUGACAGACCUAAAUAUUGGUGAAAAGAAGCCAAGAAUAGUAGAGUAUAUGAUAAGCAAAGCAAUAGAUCACAAGCCUGCACAAUGUGAGAUGACAUCUGUUCUGCUGUCAGAUCUCUAUGGCCGUGUGCUGCAACACGAACACAUUAUUGAAGGCUUUAAUGACAUUCUUGACAAACUUUCAGAUCUUGUUUUAGAUGCUCCUCAUGCACCAGAGGUUGUUGGAAAGUUUUUGGCAAGAGCUGUUGCGGAUGAUUGCUUGCCCCCUAGAUACAUCCAGUCACACAAAGGAAAAGUAGACUGCAAAACAAGCCAAGAAGCAUUGUUGAAAGCUGAUACACUGCUUACACAGAAACAUGGCAUUGUCAGACUUGAUAACAUCUGGGGCACUGGUGGUGGAUUACGUCCUGUUAAAUAUCUUGUCAAACAGAUGGUGAUGCUUCUGAAAGAGUAUCUGUCAUCUGGGGACAUAGAUGAAGCCACUAGGUGUUUGACUGAAUUAGAUGUUCCCCACUUCCAUCAUGAGCUUGUGUAUGAGGCAGUAAAUAUGGUGUUGGAAAAAUCAACGGACAGGGCAGCUGAGAUGAUGGCCAGACUUUUAAAAUCCCUUGCUGAAGCUAUUAUCAUAACACCUGACCAGCUCAACCAGGGCUUUCGUCGAAUCUUUGAGAAUGUGUCUGACAUUUGCUUGGAUGUUCCAAAUGCCUAUACUUUGCUUGACAAAUUUGCUACAAUCUGCCAUAGAGAUGGUAUCAUUGGCAUUGAUAUUCUUAACGAUGUUCCUCAGAGCUCAUAAUUGUCUAUUUCCAGGGGCCGCAAGCGUUUUGUGUCAGAAGGUGAUGGUGGUAAGGUCAAAAGUUCAUGAGUGACAGCCAAGUGUACAAGACUGACUGACCAUUUCUUGGAAUGAAGCUCAAGGGCAUUUUUGUUUUGGGAGUGUUUGUUAACCCCAGUCUAACCACUGGGGGUGUUGUGUCAGUUAUAUGAGGUCACCAAAGUAUUCUAGCAAGUUUAAAUCCUGCUGGCAAAAGUUUGCCAUUCAUUGACCUAGAAAAUAUUUCUCAAUUUAUGCAAAGUCAACCUUUUAAGUGAAUCUAAAAUAAAAAUGUUUGGUAACUAACCACAAUGUUUUAAUUGGUGUUAUACCAGAUUCAAGCAAUUGUUAGACAAGGAAAUUCCCUUUUUAAAAAAAAUCUAUAUAGCUAAAGAGCUAGUGGAAGGUUAGUGGAAUAUGAUGACACAGAAACCAUAAGUGAUUAAACAAGAUGGAGUGUCCGUCCUUUGUUAAAAUGUAAUUAUGGAUUGAAAAAAUUUUACUGUAUCUUUUAAACCACAUUGUAAUCAAUCAAAAAAUUGUUCUCUUAUUACUGUAGAACUAGAGUUUUUAGGUAUGCUUAACUAUGGGUGCUUGUUUUAAAAUUUUCCUAUAAUUUAGAAGUCAUUGAUCUUAUAAUUUUACUCUCUUUCUUUGUUUUAAGCAAAGUAUUUGAGAACGAGUGUGGUGGUUUUAACAUAUUCUAUUGUUUGAAGUAUCUGUCUCACACCUUCCCCUCCCAGUGGGCUAGCAAGUUUAUCUGGAGAUGUCCAGUCCUUUGUUUACUUUUAACCACAUUGGUGUGACUACAUUCUUUUGAUGGUGAUGGGAAUAGUUCAUUCAAAUUUGAAAGAAAAAAAAUAUUACUGCAUAAUUUUGGUGAUGAAGUUGCCCUUCCUAAAAAGUAUUUUAAAAUAAUCGACAAUGCAUUGAGCGUACUUUGUUAGUUGAUAAACUUUGAGUAUUUCAAAUGUUUUCUUCCAAUAGUAGACCACAGUGAUCUUGGUGUCUAUUGCAUCUGUGUAUGUAUAAAGUUCAUUUUGUUUGAGGUUAGAUGUUUGUAUAUAGUUGAGAGUAGAUUUGAUUUGACCUCUGGUUCCUCUCUCCUUGUCUUAGUACAUUUUUUUCAUCCUCUUGUUGGCUACAUGUGCAAGCUUUUCUAUUUUACUGUGUAUGAAAUCCUUUGCUCCAUCACUUAUGUUUCAAACAUGUCUGAUCAAUUGGGUUGGAAACUGUUAGCAUGUUUUAAUGAUGAAUUAAGAGUGAGUUUUUUGAAAAUAAAUUGACCUCUGUGCUAGUUCAUCAUAAUUUUUUUAUGUAGUUGCAACACACUUAUGUGAGCAUGAAAUUAGCAUAUUAUAUAAUUCAUAAUAGCACAAUUUUAUUGUUAUAUUUUUUGGGUGUUUUUCAAGGACUUCUCUUUCAUAAUGUUUAACUUAGUUUUUUCGGAGUGAUGGCCUCCUUCAUUUUUUACCCACAGAAUCAGUAUUCAAGUUCUGUUUUAAUUUUAGUGAUAUGAAAAUGUAUAAAAUAGUUUUGUUGAUAAAAUUGUUGCUUCACCAUUUUUAAAAAUGUGUGGAAAUGAUGUUUAUGUGUGGGUAAUACACACUGUAAGCUUUAACUUUCCUAACUCAGUAACUGCCUCAGUUGUUCUAGAUCACAAGUUUUAUAUAGAUACAAAUGCUAUCUAUGUAAUAUCUUAUGUUUACUCCCAAUUAACACUGGCUUUAGUAAAUGUGACAUUUAAUGCCAUAAAAGUGUGGUCCAAAGUUUAGUCGACUGAAAUGUGGGUAAACAACAACAACGAGGAAACAUGGCCAGUUGGUUAAACUGAAAAUAGGCUCUCUGUUAAAUUACUGUAGUGUUUUUUUUUUGUUCCAACAAAUUAUAGUUCCAAAAGGUUUCUAUAUGCAAACUGUGAGAUGUUUUAUUAGAUGAAUUCUAGUUGCUGUUACAGUGGAGGGUUGCUCAAGCUUACAAAUCAGUAGUCAUUCAACAUUUGGGUAUGGUCAAAAUAACCUAAUAGAAAAGCUCUAGACUAUAUUAGCAUGAGAUAUUGUGCAUAUGGUAAUGGCUGGAAGGUGACUUGAGAACUCUCCCAAAUUAAAAGUAACUUUGUGUCAUCAUUUCUUUUAAUACAUAUUCAUUUUGGAGUUUGGUCAUAAAUAAAAUGUGAGACAAUU